GGUUAAGAGACGGCUUAUUAAGUUCAGAACUAUAAUAUUUCCAGAUAACUUUGUUGUAUAUCGUAAAGAUAGAUCAUACGGAUGUCGUGGGGGCGGUGUUAUAAUUGCCAUUGACAGUAAUUACUACAAAUCAGAAUUAUGCGACGUUGAAUUUCCUCUGCAAUCUGUUGAUGUUAUUUGUGCUAAGUUGGUUAUUUCGCCAAGUAGAAACCAGCUUGAAAUGUCCAAAGAAACUAAAGAAAAUGAAAUUUUCAAACCACAUAGGAAAUACCCUGGUUUCCGGAAGAAUGUCAGUGAAUAUUUCGCAGAAUUUUCGAAUAACACCGGUAUCCAUGGCUUUAAGUAUAUGGGAGAAGGAGGCAGAACGAUCUUAGAAAAAGUAUAUUGGGUAUCUUUCUUCGCCGUGUCCCUGUACUUCUGUGUGUCCCUCAUCUAUCAAACAUGGCAGAAAUGGGAGCUAUCCCCAGUUUUAGUGAGUUUCGCUAGGAGUCCAACGCCUGUUUGGAGAAUACCGUUUCCAGCAGUCACAGUUUGUCCAGAAACCAAAUCCCGCCAGCGAUAUUUCAAUUACACGAAAGCGUAUUGGGACUUCCUUGAUCAGAAUAUCACGGCCGAGGACUUGGAGAGGUUUCACACGGUGUCGCUGGUGUGCGACGAUUUCCUGGAUCAGCAGGGAAACCAGACAACAAGCUUCACAUCCAUAGAAUUUUUGAGAGAGGCUGCGCCGUCAUUCCAAGAGAUGUUAUGGUCUUGUAAAUGGACUCUAAUGAAUGAAACUUGCGAAAAUUUCUUCGUGCCAACUCUUACAGAAGAUGGGAUUUGUUAUACAUUCAACAUGUUGGAUAGGGAAGAAUUAUUGACGAACGCAGUUUUUCUGCACGGCGAUUAUAUGAAACAUGGAAAGAGCUCGGAGGGCUGGACAUUGGAAAAAGGUUAUCCCCCAAACUCACCAAAAGAUACGUUUCCAAGACGAGCAAUAUCGGCAGGAGCCAAAGCUGGUUUUUUCCUCUUGCUCAGACUUUAUCAACAAGACCUGGACUACGUAUGUCGUGGACCGGUACAAGGUUUCAAGAUUCUUCUUCAUCAUCCAGCAGCCAUACCGCAAGUGGGUACCCAAUAUUUUAGGGCGCCUCUGAAUCAGGAGAUAGUAGUCUCUAUCAAACCGGACAUGAUGACCACAUCUGAAGGACUGAAAGACUACGAUCCACACAGGAGACAAUGUUAUUUCCCUGAGGAACGCCAACUGCUCUACUACAAAUCCUACACGCAGGAAAGUUGUAACGUUGAAUGUAUGUCGAACUAUACGUACAAGAGAUGUGGAUGCGUUGGCUACCACAUGCCUCAUCAGGAAAAUAUGGAUAUCUGUGGAUCUGGUAGCAUAGCAUGCAUGAUAGAUGCAAGAAAUGAACUAAUGAGUAGACGAGUAAACCAAGGAAUCCAAUCACAAAACCUAGAACCCGAAGAAGUUGACCUUAGCGUUAUGGAUUGUGAUUGCCUUCCAGGAUGUACAACGUUGACUUACAACGCUGAAACUUCCCAGGCUGAUUUCAAUUGGCAGAAAGUUUUUCAGUCUUUCAAAACAAACUUCAGUGAAUUUCCUGGGGUGCAGAUGACUCGUUUGAACAUAUUCUUCAAAGAUCAGCAGUUCAUCACCUCGGAAAGAAACGAACUGUAUGGACAGACAGAUUUUCUCGCCAAUUGCGGAGGUCUUCUUGGACUGUUCGUGGGAUUUUCAUUUCUCUCCAUCGUUGAGAUAGUUUACUUCUUAUCAUUGAGAUUGUUUUGCAACAUGAAGAAAUUCGGCAGACACUACUGGUCUGGAUCACCAGAGCUGGUGGAAAACGACGCUUAUGUGCAUCCCAAACAGAAAUAAGAUUGUCACAAUCUUAUUGUCAACUGAUUUAACACCAGUUUCUAUGGAAAACAACGAUAAGAAUUUUUGGUUUUGUCAAUCUUUUUCAUUCUAUAUUCGAUAAAUGUGUAUCCUUGAUACUUAUCUUGGAAAUAUUCAAAGAAAAAUAUAUUACUGA